AUGGACAUUAUCGACGAGGAAUAUGACCGGUUCGUUGAACAUCUUCACGACUGCACGAAGAAGGCUGAGAGUUCUAAAACCACCAAGAGAUGCCUGUCUCUUGGAAUUCUUGGGCUGAUACGCCAGCAUGGAGCAGUACGAGCCGCAGGGAAACAAGAACUCUCGUACGAGUUCGCAAGGCUUUGCAGAGAGGCGAUAGAGGAGGACCUUAAAGAGAGAAGGGCAGAAGUGCUGGCUGAAGCUGCAGAGGCGGGGAAAAGCAUCCACUAUGCCCGUCGAGACUUCGCCAGUCGCAAGACAAGGACGACUGCUCUCCGGAGCCCGGAGGGAACAACAGUUGCAUCGAUAAGGGAGAUGGAGAAAAUCAUCUACGAUUUCUACUUUGAUCUCUUUGACAGUCAUGUCCACUUGCCUCCUCGCCAUCUAAGGGAAGACAGACAUGUCAUUCCAGAGGUUCUCCCGUCCAAAAUACGAUAUGCUAUCAUGUCGGUAAGAAAUCGUACGGCACCCGGUCCCGACAGAAUAAGACCAGAACAGCUGAAGAACCUUCCGCCAGUAAUCAUCAACACCUUGGCAGAGCUCUUUACACGUUACCUGUCGGAAUGCAAGGUUUCUAAACAGUGGAAGACCAGCAAGACCGUGUUGCUGUAUAAAAGGGGAGAUCCACAUGACAUCGGCAACUAUCGCCCAAUCUGCUUACUGUCCGUCAUCUACAAGCUCUUUACAGAGUGA